UCGUUCGUAUUCGCUCGCUCGCAGCCCGACCGAGUCCGCGACCACCAAAUCGCGUAGCGCCACCGUCAAAGUAACAUGGCGUCCCCGUCAGCUGCACUGAUAGAUCGACUUGACAAACAGGGCAUUCCCAAGUCGAAAAGAAAACUCCAGAAACACCUACGCAGCGCAGGACUGGCCUACAUAUCCAGAACGGGAAAGCUGAUACCGGCUAAAAAGGUCGCAGACGAACUAUGCCAAUGCCCCCAAAAAUGUGAUGAACGAGUGCCUAGAGAGGCGCGGGAACGCCUCUUCUACCAUUUCUACGGCCUCGGCGAGGCCGACGCCCAGAACCAGUUCCUGCGCCAGAACAUGGACCUGCGGGCGCGCAUGAACGUGCCCGAGUCCACCGAGUCCGGCAGGCCGCCGCGCAGGAUCACCUGCAAGUACCUGGUGCCGCUGCUGCCCUCCAAGGACCACGUGGAGGUGUGCCAAAAGGCGUUCGUCAGCGCCUUCGUCAUAACCACGAAGCGGGUGCGACUGCAGCGCGAGAAGCUGAUAUCCAGCCUCGGACUGAACAGCUACAGCAGCCACAACAGGAGCGCCAAGAACAACCAGGCGGCGACGUCGCCGGUCGAGACCAACAACAACAACGUCAAAAAAAUCACCCAGAUGCCUUCGACCCCCUCAUCACAGGAACAUACCGCAUCGUCGGCCACGAUACCGUCGGACGAGGAGGAGAUGGCGGACGUGGAAGGCGGUGACGACAACGAACCAAAGAAUUUCCAAAUGUCUUUUAUACAGCAGCUCAGGGGUACGCAGAAGAGGAAGAUCAAGCAGCUGGUCGACAAUCCUCUGAUACCCCUCGGCCUGUUCUUACCAGACGGAGUUACCAUAGCCCCUGUCACGGUCACGCCCGACCACGACAGGGACAUCGCGAUAGUCAAUAACUUCUUUUCCAAUCAGCUCUGGAAGCCCGAAUACAUCGGGACCUAUUCAUGAGGGUGUCUUAAACCUAGCCUUAUUUUUCUACCUGAUCACUCUUCGAUGUACUUACUAGGUUAAUUAUUGAGAAAUUAAGAAGAAUUAUAUAUAUGUAUACAUGCGAAAUUUCACAUUUGAGAUGAAUUACCUAUACGUAUUGUUAUUUAUAUUUAUAUACGUCAUAGUUUAUUACGGAGACUAUAUUGAUCGUUUUCAAUAAAAAUGUUUUAUGUUUUAUAAAUAUAUAUUAAUUUAGUUAAGAAAUGUUAACUCUUAUAAGAUUAUGCCUGUGAUCUUGAAAAAUGGAAAUGCCUUAUGGUUUUAGUUAUAGCGAUCGUGGGUACCUAAGUCAAAAUAAAAAAUUUAUUGUUGUAAUA